UCAGAGAUGGCAAAAAAUCAAGUCUUGCUUAGUUUGUCUUUUUUGGUGGUGCUUUCCAGUGCUUCAUUUCAAUCGUUCAACGCAAAACAAGUUACUCCAACUUCGUCGGAACCGUCAACCACGACGGAUGACAACAACCCUUCGAACGAAAAUCCAUUCGAUCCGAAUGUUUGCUCAAGCAGUGAUAAUUUAGCGGUGUGUAUGGACUGUAAAAAGAUUUCUGUUUGUUUGAACGGUCAGUCGCUACCGGAGAAAGAAUGCCCACCGGAUAUCCCGUACUGUGUUGGAUCCGAGAUGGGGAGUUUCUGUUCGGUUCAACCUGAUCCGGAAAGAGAGCAGUGUUUGGAUAAAUUUCAUUGUACAUCGGAGGGGUAUUUUCCCGAUCCCUACGAUUGCCAUUACUUCUACAUGUGCGACUCCAGUUUGAAGGCUCUCCGUCUGGACUGCAUGCCUGGUUACGUGUUCGACUUGAGCAGCAAAAAUUGUCGGCGUCAGAUUUUUCCCAGCGAUUGUCGUAAAUUGGACUGCUCGAAGUCGAAUGGGGUUUGGUCAUACUACAGUACGAAUAAGCAGUAUUACGGUUAUUGCUAUCAGUCCACCAGCGGAAGUAACGAAGUAGUGCUGUUCAAGUGCGGUGAUGGUGCUGAGUUCGAUGGGUUCCAGUGCAAGUAUCAAUGUAGGAAAGAAGGAAAAUUUGCCGAUUCCGGUAACCGAAGUCGGUAUUUCGAAUGCUAUUACGUUGAUUUCAAGCUUGUGGCUCGAGUUCGGAACUGUGCUAGCGGCAUGAUGUUCGAUGAACGAACGGGAUAUUGUGUGUCACAGUGAAAUGUGAUGAUUUCAGGUAGCCAACAUAAGGUGCCCUAGUUGUAAAAUUUGGUUUGUGCUAGUCGGAUAA